AUGGCGAUCCCUUCCCCCCUUCCAACGCAAGAUUAUAUUUUACAAUCGGAUAGGGAUACAGGUGAAAACUUUUCGAUCGACGGCGUUCGCACACUCCCAGAAUUACUACGCCGACAAGCAGGCCAACAAGGAGAUGGCACUCUUUUCUCAUUUCGGUCUCGGCAGGGAGGCCCUUUGACCACCCUCUCUUAUGUCGAAGCAUAUUCAAGAUCUUGCACCCUCGCUAGUAAACUGGUUGACCACCUCUCAUCCUCGGAUACAGCUAAUCCUGUGGUUGGAAUAUGGCUGGAGAGAUCAAUCGAUUUGCACCUGGCCAUUUUGGCCACCACCAUUUCAGGUGCUGCGUGGUUGCCGUUUGACGCCGAUGUUCCCCCCGAACGAGUUGCUGCAUGUCUAAAGGAUAGCAAUGCGGCCAUCUUGUUGUGCGACCAAGUACAUUGUGAGGCUGCCUGCAGUGCAGUUGAACGACUCCCUGAGUGCAAAGUAAUCACAUUUGACCAGUUGGCCAACCAUGCAAUACAAACAAUCGAGACAAGAAGUGACGGAUGCAGACCACCCCGGCCACAAGAUACGGCGUAUAUCAUCUACACCUCUGGUAGUAGCGGGACGCCCAAAGGAAUAGCAAUAUCACAUCAUGCUGCUCUCACGUUCUGCCUCAGCGAAAGAACAGUUCUGGAGACGGAGUCGGACGACAUUGUCUGGCAGGGUUUCAGUGCGGCUUUUGAUAUGUUUGUCGAAGAGACAUGGGUGAGUAUAGCUGGAGGUGCACAUUUGGCCAUCGGAAGUCGCAUUGAAUGCCAGGAUGUACCAGGCCUCGGAGGUGCCAAUGGUGUUUGGGCUCAGCGUGGUGUCACUGUUAUCAAUGUCGUGCCGACCCUGAUUAACAUCAUGACUUCGCUUGAUGAAGACUGCCCCCUCCCACCUGCCGUCAGGUUGCUCAAUUUUGGUGGAGAAGCUUGUCCCGAGGCUUUGGUGAAUCGUCUAUGGUCACCAGAGAGGCGCAUCCUGAAUACCUACGGCCCUUCAGAAACAACAGUGACGGCCACCUUCAAAGAACUAUUCCCAAACCAAAAUGUCACCAUUGGCAAGCCGCUUCCAGGAUACCAUGCUCUACUGCUACCAGUACCGGAUGAACCCUCAAUGACGUGGGAUCCUCUCGAAAUCAAGGAAGGUACUGAAGGUGAGCUCGCCAUUGGCGGCCAAUGUCUCGGGAAAGGCUAUAUCGGACGACCAGCUCUCACCCAGGAGAAGUUCAUCAGCCACCCAUUGGCAUCGUAUACUGGGGAGCGUCUGUACCGCACGGGAGACAGGGUUCGCCUAGACCACAAUUUGGACAUUGUAUUCCUUGGGCGAAUCGACGCUCAGGUCAAGCAUCGUGGCUUUCGCAUCGAGCUAGGCGAGAUCGAACACGCCAUCGCUCGGCACCCACAAAUACAGACAGUCGCUGUCAUUCUCUCUUCUGCCACGAAUCGCCUUGAAUCCUACAUUGUAGAGAAGGAUGGAGGAGGUGUCGAGCUUCGAGAUGUACGCCAUCUUCUCCGUUCUCUGCCAGCAUAUAUGCAGCCAGAGGCAUUCUUUUUCAUUGCGGCAAGCGAACUACCGCGCCUUCCAAGUGGCAAAAUCAAUACGAGAGCCCUUCAAGAUCUCUCCUCUCGACAGAUUUCUAUGAGCAAAGAUCAAGGCGAGGGCGACGGAAAGGGCCCUAUUGCGGAUGACACCCAGCUCAGCCACGAUCCUGACCUCGACUUAUUUCUGAGAACACUAACUGAAGUCUUCCCACAAGCUGCCAACCUCACAGCCAACGUUGAUCUGUUCAGCGACCUCGGCUGCCACAGUCUUCUCGCAGCGUCACUUGUCUCUAAGCUUCGGAAAGAAAGCCCAACAGGCUCCAUGUUCAAGAACCUCGGGUUACAAGACCUUUAUCUUAACCGCACAGCCGAAAGUAUUGUGGCAGGCCUAAAAGAUAGGUCGUCUGACACGAAGCCAGAGACCACUUUGGUGGUGAAAGAAAUGCAAUCAGACGAAUUGUCUAUCAAGCAUUUACCUGUUUCAUGCCGACGUUAUAUACUGUGCAGCGCUGCACAGGUGCCAGCUCUGAUACUCAUUUUCGGCAUCCAGGGCGCGAGUCUCAUCGGGCCAUAUCUUAUGUUUUACGGGUUAUUGAGAACUUUCGACAUUGGCACUGCUAUUGUGGGAUCGUACUUUACCUUUGUGGUCAUCCCAAUUGUCAGGGUGCUGGUCGCCCUGAUUGCCAAGUGGUUAGUGCUUGGGAAAGCGAGACCUGGCGAAUACCCAUUGUAUGGGUUGUAUUACUAUAGAUGGUGGCUGGUUGGCCACUUCAUCAAACUCAUCGACAUGGUAACAAUCGCUGAGACUCCCUUGCUGCCAACAAUCCUACGGUGCCUAGGUGCCAGGAUUGGCAAAGGGUGUCAAAUGGGUAUCUUGUAUGUCGGCCCCGCAAUGGAUCUGGUCUCAAUCGGUGACGAUGUCUGCCUUAACAAAGACCUGGUUCUCAACACCAGCUGGGUCGAACGUGGCCGACUUAUCCUGGAAGAAGUCGAAAUCAGAUCUCAGACUCACCUGGGCAGCCAUACCGUUAUCGAGGGUGGAGCACUCAUUGAGGAGGGAGCCGAGGUGGGCCCUCUGAGUAUGGUACCCCGAGGAGCCUGCAUUCCGACAGGCCAGCGAUGGGCUGGCUCUCCUGCACGAUUCCAGGCGAACGUGGAGGAAGUUGGGGCCAUGAGAGCAAACCGACCGAGCAGCAUGCGGGUUGCUUGCAUGACGCUGGCAGUCGUGAUGAGCUCAGGAUUCGUGCUCCCUAUCAUGUACUUCGGUCCACAGAUUCCGAGCAUGAUGCUUUUCGAUUACCUCAACAUUCCUAAUGUUGGCGAGUGGACACAGACUUCUAUUGUUAUUGUUCCUGCGGCCAUUAUCUAUCUCUUCCUGACCUACUUCCAACUUCUUGUGUUACGCUGGCUUGUCCUUGGCAAGGUUACUGAACGAAGUUUUCGCACAACCUCGGUUUACUGGUUCCGGAAGUGGCUGAUCGACCGACUCAUGGACAUGAGUCUUGUGAUCUUGCAUCCGGUGUACGCGACGCUCUAUGUCGUCCCAUUUCUGCGGUCACUGGGUGUCAAGAUCGGACGUCGUUCAGAAGUCUCGACAGCCCGGGGUAUCAACUACGAGCUCACAGAGAUUGGUGACGAGUCCUUUGUGGCAGACCAUGUGUUGCUGGGCAACGAAACGGUGCGAAACCAUACAGUGACCUUGAAAAAGACAGUCCUCAAAGACCGUGCCUUUGUCGGCAAUGCUGCGCUUGUGCACCAAGGCGCCGUGAUGGCUUCGAAUACCCUACUCGGCGUCCUCUCGACUUCGCCUAGCACCCCGCUGAAGGAAGGCGAAAGCUGCUUUGGCAGCCCGCCCAUUUUGAUGCCUGCUCGCCAAAAGGCUCAGGUAGAUCAUGAUGAGACUCUUUUGUUUCAUCCACGCCCCAAGCAGAUUGCCGUUCGACUGCUCAUUGAAGGUUUGCGCAUUGUUUUGCCUCGUUUAGUCAUCACUUGUGCUCUGGGCUACAGCACACUCAUCAUUGGGCACAUCUACGACCACCUCGGCAUUGUUGCAAGUGUUUUGAUGGUCCCAGUGGUCUACUUCUUUCUAUUUGGUCUCCCUUCCUUCUUCACGACCCUUAUUUUCAAGCUCAUCCUCAUCGGCACCUACCAGUGUGCCGAAUGGCCUCUUUGGAGCGUCGACGUCUGGAAAUCCGAAUUCGUGACCUCGACCUACGAAACCCUGACCGUCCCCUUCAUCGUGGAAAUGCUUACGGGAACACCGUACAUUGCUUUUUUCCUGCGAUUGCUGGGUGUCCAGAUCGGCUCGCGAGCAACUCUACUCUCACACGACAUUACAGAGUUUGACAUGGUUAAAAUCGGCGACGAAGCCGUCUUGAACAUGCACGCUGCGCCUCAAACGCAUUUAUUUGAAGAUCGCGUCAUGAAGGUUGGGCGAGUGGACGUCGAGGCGAAUUCUUGCUGUAUGCCGUAUUCGAUAUGUCUGCCCAAUAGUCGCGUGGGCGAAGGCGCACAGCUUGGCUGCGUGUCACUACUGAUGAAGGGCGAGGCAGUACCGGCACAUGAAAUGUGGGAGGGCGCGCCGAUCGCGCCGGCCAGGAGACAGAAGGUCAUGACUACCACAAAAAUCUCCCACCAUCCUAUCACCUUGGGUUCCUUUUCUACUUCGGCCCCUUCUUCCGCAUCAUCGACCAUCUAG